CCGACGCGUCUGGGCACCAACACCCCACAGAGCUGCCUGACUUCAGCACCAGACCACCUCCCGCUCCUGUCCUCUGGCCCGGGGUCUGCAACAGAGAUUUAAUCCUUUCUCAUCCUCGUUUUUUAAAACCAAACCAAAGAAUUCCUCCAGUCUCCUCUCUAGCCUCAUUCAUGCGCUGCUGAGCCAGAGGAGCUGAAGAUGAAGAGCAGGUUGUCUCUGGCGGUGGCUGCCCUCCCGGCGCUGCUGCUGCUGCUGCUGUCCUCCUCCUCCUCCUCCCAGGCCCAGGACACAGUCGACCCUCCCUCAGAUUUGAGGUUUAAGAUUUUAAACGAGAACACGGUGCAGAUGAUCUGGAGCAGACCCAGGUCCAGGAUACAGGGCUACAGAAUACAAGUGACCUCAGAAACAGAAGAACCAACAAAAGAAUUUACGCUGCCUGCAUCUGCGACUAAGACGUCCAUCUCAAACCUGAGUCCAGAUGUGGGGUAUGUUGUAACGAUAUCAUCGUACGCCGGAUCGGAGGAGAGUCUGCCCAUCUCCGGCCAGAUCACACUUCAGUCCGGUGGCAGAGGUCCGUCCAGGAUGCCAGACCCUUCAGAAUCAGUCAAAUGCUCUGUGAGUGCCAUCGCUGAUCUUGUGUUUUUGGUGGACGGCUCCUGGAGCGUGGGCCGACCGAACUUCAAAUACAUCCGCAACUUCAUCUCGGCGGCGGCCGGAGCCUUUCAGAUCGGACAGGACAAGUCCCGUGUUGGUGUGGUGCAGUUUGGCAGCGACGCCAGAACUGAGUUCAACCUGAACAGAUACCUGACACGGGCGGCGCUGCUGCAGGCCGUCAGCUCGCUGCCGUACAAGGGAGGAGACACCAUGACGG